AUAUAUGUGCCACAUCUUCUUUAUCCAUUCAUCCCUUUGAGCCAUUUCUAUUAAGGUUUAGGCCUUCAGUUAGCAAAAUGGAUUUUAAUGUUCGUAAAUAUAACAUGAGCUAGAAGGAGAGGAGUCUGGGGCUUCUGUGGCAUUCCAGAGCUUAAGCGUGCAAAGUAGCCCUAGUGUUAAGAUAGACAGUACAGUCUAGAAUCACAGAUCUCAGCGCUGGAAGAGAUGUUAUGGCCCAGCCUCUACAGAACCAGGUAGGUAAGGCAUUAUUAGCUCCAUUUCAAAGGUGAGAUGACUGAAGCUCAGAGCUUCAGUGAAAUGCCCAGAAUCCGACAGCUAGUACCAGAGCCUAAUUCAGUUAUUCAGGGGUUAUGCAGGAUGAAUGGAGUGACUUGUUCUUACAGAUCAGGAGCCUAUAUACACUGUUUGGACAGAACUUUAUGUCUGUCUGUCAAGGCUCUUUAUUAGUCUCAGAGAGAAUGACAGCGCCUAUUCUGACAUAGGGACAGUUUGCAGCUUAACAAGGAAACCAUCACUUCUCUCGCCUCUGACAGUGUAGUCAGGACAGCACCAGGUAAAAUACCCUAAAUGCAUAUUCUAAAUAUACGUGUAUAAGUGGAGUUGGUUCAUUUUAACAUUCCUGUGUCACAGCAUCCAAAGAUUCACAUUGAGCUCAGAGCUCCAAGCUGUGUUCCAGAAAUGCUGAUCUCCUCCAGUGUCUUCCUCCAACAAGCUGGAGGACAGCUUCUGAGUAUUUGCUUAUUCACACGGUGGGCUCUGAAUAUGCCAUGUUCACGCCCUCUUCCAACACAGAUUAGCUUCCCGCCCAUCUGCUCCCAGCCAGUGAUGUAGAUGUACCAGCUGCUUCCCAAGAACCAGUCGGCAUCCUGUAGGAGGGGCAGGUCCCUUUCCCAGGUCCCUUUCCCUGCUGCCUGCUCUCAGCCUCAGCCCUCUCGCCAACCACGGUGGGUCCCUCCGUUCUCACUUCUCCCCAUCUGAGAAUCAGAGCACACAAACCUCUUAUGAGCCCAUGAUUUAUCAGCACAGCUCCAGCUAAGGGCUCUAAGUCUGAUUCUCUAUGAUCUACUGAUUGUGGGAACAUGGCAAGGGUUGUUUAAAGGGACUGGGCUGGGCUGGGCCCCUGCAGCUGACAGACAGAAGGUGGCUGGGGAAAAAGCUGCCCUCUAAUCGGAAAAUGAAGGCGCUUCUAUUGCUGGUCCUGCCUUGGCUCAGCCCUGCCAACUACACUGACAAUGUGGGCAACCUACACUUCCUGUACUCAGAACUCUGCAAAGGUGCCUCCCACUACGGCCUCACCAAAGACCGGAAGAGGCACUCUCAGGAGGGCUGUCCAGACAGCUGUGCCAGCCUCACAGCAACAGUGCUCUCCCCAGAGGUUUCUGCAGCUGCCACCAUCUCCUUAAUGACAGACGAGCCUGGCCUAGACAACCCUGCCUACGUGUCCACAGCAGAGGACGGUCAGCCAAACAGCCCCCUGGACUCUGGCCGGAGCAACCGAACAAGGGCACGGCCCUUUGAGCGAUCCACCAUCAGAAGCAGAUCUUUUAAAAAAAUAAACCGAGCCUUGAGUGUUCUUCGAAGGACAAAGUGUGGAAGUACAGUUGUCAACCAAGCUGAGCAGGGCAGAGAGAAUUCUGAAAACACCACUGCCCCUGACGUCUUUCCAAGGUUGUAUCACCUGAUUCCAUAUGGUGAAAUUACCAGAGUCAAGAUCAACCGAGCGGAUCCCAAUGAAAACCUCUCCAUUAGGCUUGUGGGAGGCAAUGAAACCCCGCUGGUCCACAUCAUUAUCCAGCACAUUUAUCGUGAUGGGGUGAUUGCCAGAGACGGCCGGCUACUGCCAGGAGACAUCAUCCUAAAGGUCAACGGGAUGGACAUCGGCAACGUACGGCACAACUAUGCCCUGCACCUCCUGAGGCAGCCCUGCCAGGUUCUGUGGCUGACGGUGCUGCGGGAGCAGAAGUUCCGGAGCAGGACUGAUGGGCAGCCCCUGGACACCUACGGGCCCCGGGAUGACAGUUUCCACGUGAUCCUCAACAAAAGCAGCCCGGAGGAGCAGCUUGGAAUAAAACUGGUGCGCAAGGUGGACGAGCCUGGGGUGUUUAUUUCCAACGUUCUGGAUGGUGGCGUGGCAGACCGACACGGUCAGCUGGAGGAGAACGAUCGUGUGUUAGCCAUCAAUGGACACGACCUUCGGUACGGCAGCCCGGAAAGUGCAGCUCAUCUGAUUCAGGCCAGUGAAAGGCGCAUUCACCUCGUGGUGUCCCGCCAGCAUCGGCAGCGGAGUCCUGACAUCUUUCAGGAAGCUGGCUGGAACAGCAGCGGCAGCUGGUCCCCAGGCCCAGGGGACAGGAGCAACACUCCCAAGCCCCUCCACCCUGUGGUCACUUGUCAUGAGAAGGUGGUAAGUGUCCAAAAAGACCCCAGUGAAUCACUCGGCAUGACCGUUGCAGGGGGAGCAUCACAUAGGGAGUGGAAUUUGCCAAUCUAUGUCAUCAGUGUUGAGCCCGGAGGAGUCAUAAGCAGAGAUGGAAGAAUAAAAACAGGUGACGUUCUGUUGAAUGUGAACGGGAUUGAACUAACAGAGGUCAGCCGGAGCGAGGCGGUUGCUUUAUUGAAAAGCACGUCCUCCUCGGUGGUACUUAAAGCUUUGGAAGUCAGAGAAUGUGAGCCCCAGGAAGAAGGCAGCAGCCCAGCAGCGCUGGACUUCAACCACAAAGACACGGCCCCACCUGGCAACCGGUCCCCCUCCUGGGUCAUGUGGCUGGAAUUACCACGGUACCUGUACAACUGUAAAGAUGUUAUACUGCGAAGAAACACAGCUGGAAGUCUGGGCUUCUGCAUUGUAGGAGGUUAUGAAGAAUACAAUGGGAACAAACCUUUCUUUAUCAAAUCCAUUGUUGAAGGAACACCAGCAUACAACGAUGGAAGAAUCAGAUGUGGUGAUAUUCUUCUUGCUGUCAAUGGCAGAAGUACAUCAGGAAUGAUACAUGCUUGCUUGGCAAGGAUGCUAAAAGAACUUAAAGGAAAAAUUACUCUCACCAUUGCUUCUUGGCCCGGCACUUUUUUAUAGAAUCAAUGAUGGGUCAUAGAAAAACAGGAAAUCACAAAUAAGCUAAGUUGAAACAAUGUAUUUAUCUUAUCGAUUUUUGUAUUUGAAGGCUACAAUGUAAAAAUAUAAACUUUAAUGUCAGGAAAAGUAGGAUCUAAUGAAAAGCCAAUUACACCUCAGAAAAUAUAAUUCUCAAAAUAGAAACAUUACUAAUAGUUUUUAUUCAGUGUGGAAUAUUUCUCAUUACUCUAGAACUUUAAGUUUAUAUUUUUCUAUUCAAUAAAAAGCUCUUAAACAGCUGACAUGGUUUGUAUGCCCCCACUGAAUUCAAAUCAUACAGUUAAAUUAAAAUCUGGUAUAUGCUGAGGUCUGCAAAGGGUACAUUAUGGGCAUUUUAAAAACAAUUUCCAGACAGAGGAUUUUAAAAGUGCAUUGCUGAAAAGUGUUCAUCAAAUGAGAAAUAAAUAUUUUUCAAAAAUUA